UGAAUAAAAUAAUACUAGUAAAAAUUUUCCGCGAUUUUCUUUUUCACAACAAAAUUGACACAAACAGCUGUUUUGAUUCUUUAACGAAAAUAGAUAAUGGAAAAUUGCAAAGAAAAACAAAUGUACUAAGCGCACUGACAAACUCGUAUUGAUUAAAUUGAAUCUAGUUUUAAACUCAAUAAGUGGACACUUGAAAAUCUGUGAUUUAAAUAGAUUUUGUGCUGAAAAAGUAUGAAACGAUUACACGAGACAGAAGCCCCAACGGAGAUACCAACGACGUCGACUGACGCUUAUAAGGAGAAGCGCCCGAACAAAUAUGAUUGUGGUAUAUCGAAAGAUGCUGAUAGUGAAGAUGAUAGCAGCAGUAGCGAUUGUGGUAGCGAUAAUGUUGUAUUGACCAGCAGCUCUAAUCACUUCCCAACUCGCCUUGGCAAAUGCGAAGUCUGCGCUGGUGCGAACGCGCGCUAUAGCUGCCCCAAAUGCGAAGUGAAGACCUGUUCCCUGCGUUGCGUGCAAAUCCACAAAAAGGAGCUGGACUGCGAUGGCAUACGCGAUCGUACUAAAUUCAUACCCUUGCGAAAGAUGACUAAAAUGGACUUCAUGAGCGAUUACUACUUUCUGGAGGAGUCUACACGCUAUGUGAAUGAUCGCAAGAAUGAUACAAUUAAGCGUUUUACACGCUACAAUAAAACAUUGCCAACACAUUUGUUUCGUUUACGUGGUGCAGCCGCUGAACGACGCACUGUUCUGCGGUUUUUAUUGCCAAAUUUCACGCGUCACAAAAAUAAUACAACUUUCUAUGAUUGGAACUUACGUAAAAUCUACUGGCGCAUAGAAUGGAUAUUUAUCAACGCAGGUGCGCUACAGUAUGUUGAUGAGCGUUGUGAUGAGGAUUUUAAGUUGGCACAGUUGCUGGAUAAAUAUAUAAACAUACAGAAUGCGGAGUCAGUGCCGCAGAAGAAGGCAUUGGAAUACUAUCAAAGUACAGGAUUAAAUGGAUUAAAGCUGCUCCUAAAAGCUGAGG